GAUUUCCACUCAACCGAGUCAUUCGCCGCGAACUUUUGCCUCGACCGCAACGCAGUCUCCAGAACCAAGUCCCGAGACCCGAGCAAUUCCAGAAGCGAAACACUUUAAAACGCGCUAAUUAACAAAACGAGAGUGUUAGCAAAACAAAAAAACCUUAAAAAAAAACUGCCCAGAAUGAAGCCCACCAAGAAUUCAACGCUUGAAGUCAUCUCCCCGAAAGUGCAGUUGGAUGAUGAGUUUAUCACCACCGACUACGAUUACCAGACUUCGCAUGUGAAGCGCACCGCCGAUGGACAGUUGCAGGUGCACCCCCAGACUACGGCGCUGAAGAUACGGACGGGUCGCCAGGUGCCCAAGCUGGGCGUGAUGCUGGUGGGAUGGGGUGGCAACAACGGUUCCACUCUGACCGCCGCCUUAGAGGCCAAUCGCCGCCAGCUGAAGUGGCGCAAGCGGACAGGCAUCCAGGAGGCCAACUGGUUUGGCUCAAUCACUCAGGCCUCCACUGUUUUCAUUGGAUCUGACGAGGCCGGCGGAGACGUUUUCGUGCCCAUGAAGGAGUUACUACCCAUGGUCGAACCCGACAACAUUGUCGUGGACGGCUGGGACAUUAGCGGACUACAUCUGGGCGACGCUAUGCGUAGGGCCGAGGUCCUGGACGUGGCUCUGCAGGAUCAGAUUUACGAUCAACUCGCUCAGAUGCGUCCACGUCCCUCUAUCUACGAUCCCGACUUUAUCGCGGCCAACCAGUCGGAGCGGGCCGAUAAUGUAAUCCGUGGAACUCGGCUGGAGCAGUACGAGCAGAUCCGCAAGGACAUUCGUGAAUUCCGCGAGAGUAGCGGCGUUGAUUCGGUCAUCGUCUUGUGGACGGCCAAUACUGAACGCUUUUCUGAUGUCCAAGCGGGUCUGAACACCACCAGUCAGGAACUUCUGGCGUCGCUGAAGGCCAACCACUCGGAGGUGUCGCCGUCCACGAUCUUCGCAAUGGCCAGCAUCGCUGAGGGGUGCACAUACAUCAACGGCUCGCCGCAAAACACCUUUGUGCCUGGACUUAUCCAGCUGGCCGAGGAGAAGCAGGUCUUCAUUGCAGGAGAUGACUUCAAGUCCGGCCAAACGAAGAUCAAGAGCGUUCUGGUGGACUUCCUGGUGGGAGCUGGUAUAAAGCCAGUGUCUAUUGCUAGCUACAACCACUUGGGCAACAACGAUGGAAAGAAUCUUUCUGCUCCCCAGCAGUUCCGAUCGAAGGAGAUUUCUAAGAGCAAUGUGGUGGACGAUAUGGUUGCCUCCAACAAGCUGUUGUACGGACCCGAUGAGCACCCUGACCACGUGGUUGUCAUCAAAUACGUGCCCUAUGUGGGCGACAGCAAACGGGCCAUGGAUGAGUACACAUCGGAAAUUAUGAUGGGCGGACACAAUACCCUGGUCAUUCACAACACGUGCGAGGACUCUUUGCUGGCCACACCCCUAAUCCUAGACCUGGUUAUCCUCGGCGAACUAAGCAGUCGCAUCCAGCUGCGCAGUGCAGAAAACGAAUCUGCUCCCUGGGUCCCCUUCAAGCCAGUCCUCUCCUUGCUGAGCUAUCUGUGCAAGGCGCCUCUCGUGCCACAGGGUUCCCAGGUGGUCAACUCUCUCUUCCGCCAGCGCGCCGCCAUCGAGAAUAUUCUGCGUGGUUGCAUCGGUUUGCCACCCAUCUCUCACAUGACCCUGGAGCAGCGUUUUGACUUUGCUACCAUUACGAAUGAGCCUCCUGUCAAGAGGGCCAAGGUCCUGGGCCAAUCCUGCGCCGUGGAAUCAGCCACCAAUGGAAAGAAGCUCCAUGCCAAUGGAUACACCAACUCCAAUGGAUCCACAAAGCUGGCUGCCAACGGCAACGGCCACUGAUGCAUAACCCUUGCUGGGAACAAUUUUCGAUCGGGAGUAUAUAAUUUGAAUAUAUAUGGUUUUAAUUGGAUAAACUACAAACUAGACUUAAGCUACUGUUACUAACGAAAACGUUAAAAUAUAAAAAGGUUUAAUAGACUUUUUUCUGUGUCCCAAAAA